AUGGUGGAUCACGUGGUUCUCAACGCCUUCAAGCGCUUCGACCAGGAUGGCAGCGGCUGCAUCUCGCGCGAGGAGCUAGGCACUGUGUUGCAGUCAUUGAAUCCAGAUGAUUGGGACAGUGAACGCAUCGACGAAUUGUUGGCGGAAGCAGAUUCUAGUGGAGAUGGCAAGUUGCAGAUCCAGGAGUUCCUGAAAUGGAUUUUUGCUGAAGAUCCCAAGAGCGUUGGACUUGGCUUGGGCGUCGUGGGUGAUUUUUCCUACGUGAUCUCUGGGUGUUCGCGCGCAGACAUCAACGGGGUCUAUGUUCAGCAGGGCAAAUUCUGCAGUCAUCGUCCGGUCUUCUUUUGCGCUGCCAACAAGUAUUUUCUGUUCUACUGGAAGGCACGUGAACAAUGGCAGAUCCACAAGCGUCCUGCCGGCAAGUCUUGCGCCCGGUUGAAGACCAGUGGGGCGCCUCAUUUGGAAGCAGGUUGGCAGGUUUGGAAGAAGAAGGAGCGAAGUCUACGCUGUGCAUUUCUCCCCGAGCCAGAGAUGACUUGCAGUUUGCCUCCGGCGUUGUCAGUUGAAGAACAGAUCGCGAAGGCCCCCAAGGCCAUGUUCGUAAAGGAGUACGGCACCUUCCUCAAGGAUUCGAAGGAGCUGUUUGGAGGUCGACCGUUGUACUACAACGAGGUUUUCAAGAUGUGGAUGAUGUACGUGGAGAAGUUUUUGUAUUGGAAGUUGUCGUACGACAAGGACGAUGAUGCAGGCACAGAAAUCAGUGGCAAGACUAAAGGAUAUUCUCCAGAUUUGGCGACUUGGUCAAAGGAUGGCCUCAUGAUGGACGUGUUCGCUUUUGACCCCGAUGCCACUUUGAAUGCACAAGUUCCCGAGGGAUGGAAGGAUCCUGACUUCCCACACUCCAGCGAAAGUCUUGGGCAACGCUUCGCGGAUGAAGAAUGUGAGUGGGUCAGGGCUUUAGCCUUGUCCUCUAGUCCAGUGCUUUUCAACAAGGCAGAACCCACUGAUGCAUGUCAAGGUCAGCUUGGGGAUACCUGGCUGAUUGCUGCAAUCGCUGCAGUGGCCGAAUAUCCCAACUACCUGAAAGAGAAGAUUUUCAUCACCAAAGAAGCAGCUGCUGAUGGCAAAUACGAACUACAACUCUUUGAUUGGAAGAGCACCAAGACUUGGAAGACUAUCCAAGUUGAUGACUAUCUUCCCUGUGUUCCACGCAAGGGCAAGGCACCCUUCCAGCACACCAUGUUCGCAGAUCUCUCAGAUGGCGAGAUGUAUGUGCCGCUUUUGGAAAAGGCCUUCGCCAAGCUUUUCGGCUCCUACCAAGAGCUGCACUACGGCACGACCCCCAUGGCCUUUGCGGCCUUGACAGGUUGCACCAUGGUGCAGCGCUUUGGAGCAUACCUGGAGAAUGUCCGCGCAUUGACCAAAAGCUCUGGUGGCAAAUCUCUUUGGCAGGUCACUGGCCGGGGCGGCUUGACGGUUCGUGCCCAAUGUGACCCGAAGAGCACCAAAAUCGGGACAUUGGCACGUAAGGCGGUCUUCGAGGAGUUGGAUCGAAACUGCUAUCGUAUCAUGUUCAAGAAGAUUGAAGGUGAAGGAGCUGAGUCAGGUUGGAUCAACUACUACACGGCUGGUGAGAAGGUGGCGGAACGCAGCACGAACAUCCAAUGGGGCUCGAUUGUCCACAGCGUCGGGGACAGCUUCAAAAAGGAAGACAUCAAACUACUGGAAAGCGACAUGUGGAUUAAGCUGAUGGAAGCAGACAAAAGCAACAGUUUGAUCGUGGUGAACUUCGAAUUCAGAGGUGCGAAUCCUCAGGGCCGUCCUUUGUAUGGCACUCGUCCGGAUGGCUUGAUGCCACGCCACGCAUACACGGUGCUGCAAGCUGUGGAGAUUCCCGGGGAGGUUUGGGAAGAUCCCACGAGGAUGGUUUGCUUGCGUAACCCUUGGGGCCGCUGCGAAUGGAAAGGCCCUUGGAAAGAUGAGGGUGAGGAGUGGAAAAAGAAUCCCAAACUUGCUGUGGAGUUGAAAAGCGGGAAGAAAACCGAUGGCGUUUUUUGGAUGGCCUGGGAUGACUUUGAAUGGUGUGCAGACACCCUCACCAUUGUCCCAACUGAGAUCCCAGUGAAGCGUGGUCAACAUGAAGAUGGAGAGGAUGCAGGUGAAGAUUGA